AUGUCUCAACCACCCGCAGACACGGCCACCAGCCAAAACGCCCAAUCCUGCCGUCUUCUCCAAGUCCCGGCAGAGAUCCUCGACAGGAUAACAUGGCACCUCACCACCCCCGAGCUGUGCAACCUCCGCAUCACCUGCAAAUCCGUCCAAGAGGCCCUCUACUACAGCUUCACCACCGAGUUCUUCACCCGCAAGCAGUUCAUGGUCUCCGAGUUCAGCCUCAGGGCCCUCAUGGACAUCUCCAAAAGUCGUCUGGCCGCACACUUGCGCCACGUCCAUUUCGGCCUUGACCAGCUCGGCACGAACACCACCCCCUCGGCGCACGGGGACCAAGCGCGCAUUUUUGCACAGCGUUUGCUCGAGCAGGAGACGCUCUGGUCGCUCGGGCUGGUUCCCAAGUACAUGGCCGAGGCUUUCGGCCGCUUGCCAAACCUAGAGUCGGUGGUUGUCCGUGACUUCAACUCCAACAGGAGAUCUCGGGAUGGCCCUCACGCUCACUGGUUGAGCUACGGCACCCAAACCAUGCUGAGGGAAACCAGCGUUCGGCCCUCCAGUUAUGGGUUCUUCGGCCAGGGCUCAGUACAGCAUGGCUUCGUCAACCAAAUGUUCAAGGCCGUCGUCCAUGCGCUAGGAAUGGCGAAUGCCCGUCCGACGGCCAUUGAAGUCAUGGAGAGACAGGGCCACCCGCUUUUCGACUCUGCUUUCUAUGUGCAUCCAGAUUUCGAAGCUGCCGUUAUCCCUGUUCUCCGAGGUCUUACAAGACUGCACCUGACCCUUGAAGCGAACGCGAGUGCCAUCGGCUAUGACGAUAGGCCGUAUCAACGGCUUAGCCUGACCAAGUUCCUACGACACUGCGAUGGGUUAGAGGAGCUCCGCAUCAACGGAAAGCACAACACUAGCACAUACGAUAUUCGCAACAGCCUCAGAAACCUCUAUGACUGGUUCUCGGACGCAGAGGAAGCAUCGGCAAAGGACGCCCGGGAAGUGGCCAAGUCGCUAUCUCUCGAUGGACGAAACAGCAAUCUCUCAUUGCAUGCUCCGAUAAAGUUCCCUCGGUUGCAAAACAUAAGCUUGGGCAUGACGUCCUUUACCGUCAAGGAUCUCGUGGGCCUCAUUGCCAGGUUCGCCGACACACUCCAGCACCUCGAAAUAUGGAGAAUCAAACUGGUGUUUGAGGACCGCAGCCUUAACAAAAGCCAGAUACUGGAGAACAGACAGAUUCUCUUCGCCCGGAUGCUGAAGGAGUUGCUAAACGUACCCAACCUCAACCUUCGACACAUCAAGUUGGGCAGCAUGGAGCAGAUAUGGUACCCCUCCGACGGGCAGUACAUCUUGGAGGAGGUGGACUUUAAGCCUACUGCGAAAACGACGGAUGAAGACGUCGAUGCUGGAGUCGAACGCGUGACUGGGGUGUUGCAAUAUACCGGCCCAGAUUGGAGACAUUUUGUGGCCCACGAGAUGAUUCCUCGGUUAUACACACCUAGGGUUAAAGACGAAGAAGAAAUUCAAGACGAGGAUAAUGAAAAUGAAGAGGAUGAAGAAAAUGACGACGACGACGACAAUGACAAUGACAAUAUGGAUCAGGACGAGGAGUCUUAG